GCAUUACUUCAACACCUGAAUGACAAGUGUGUCUAUUAUUGUUUGUGAUCAGAGGUAACAGGUAGAAGCGAUGACUUUGUGGGGACUUCUGGCUGUGUCUCUUCUGCUUCAUGAUGCUACAGGUUUUGUAUCACCGGGUGUUCGGAGCUCCAUCGUGGGUGGAGAAAAUGCGCCGGAGGGCCGUUGGCCAUGGAUGGUCUACCUCUCUCUAACCAACGGCUAUGACAGUUGGUCAUGUGGUGGCUCAGUCCUUAACGAGGAAUGGGUGCUGACUGCAGCGCACUGUGUUGACCCGUCACUUCAGGCUCUUCUGAAUUUCUCAUUUGCACGGCUGGGCACUCACGCCUUAACAGGAGUGUCUGAGUUUUAUCGUGGAAUAUCUCGCUUCUCCUCCCACACCAACUACGACGCAAACGGAGAAGAGUACGACAUUGCCUUGGUGAAGCUGGAUAAGAAGGUCACGUACUCCUCCCGGGUCUCACCUGUAGCCUUACCUGCAGAAGAUGAUUUUUUCAACCCCAAGUCUGAGUGCUGGGUCACUGGCUGGGGUAACGUUCAUGAAGGAAUACCGUUAGAUGACCCUCAAAUUCUGCAACAACUGCAAAUACCUCUCAUUAAGGAUGGUCUUUGUAAGUACGCGUAUCCUCAAUUCGUUCCCACGAUGCUAUGUGCUGGAUUCAUGGAAGGAGAGAAAGACUCCUGCCAGGGCGACUCCGGUGGCCCACUGGUGUGUCGCUCCGCUGAGAGGUUUGUCCAAGUGGGAAUCGUGAGCUUCGGAGAGGGCUGCGCACAAGAGGGCUUCCCAGGAGUCUACACCCGUGUGGCCAAAUAUCUAGACUUCAUCAAUGAGACUAUUCAUGCUUAAUCUUCAGAUGAAAAGCUUAGUGGGUGGGAUGUCCAUAUCAUGCUUUGUAAUGCUGAACGUGUUUGCUCUCACUUAAAGACUUGCUAUUCUUGCUUCUUCCAUAUAAAGCUUUGCCUCUUAAUAAACAUCAACCAUCAACCAUUUGUGUGACUU